CGUCAUUUUUUCGUGAUCUCAAAGAAACGUGAAAUAUGUAAACAUUUUGCUGUGGGUCAAAGGUCGAAAGGUCAAAGGUGGUUACGAGCGAAACUGUGCUCACUUCCGCGUACCGAGCUGUCAGCGAAAGGGGUUUCACUUUUAUUUGCUUGGACACGUCAUAGAUAUUCUUGGAAGUUUGGGAAAUUUACUGUCUCCCCUUUACUGUCUGGGAAACCCCAGUAGUCGGUAACUAUUAAUAACUGGUGUACUAAAGGUAGCUUAGCGACCACACUGACUUGGAAAAGAUUUUGAAAAGUUUGGAAGCAGACAGUUUUACAGGUGCAUCGACGUAACUUCACGAUGGGCGACAGAAGAACAGGAGAGGAUGUGACUGAUGCGAACCCAUCCGGACCGGAGGUUGCUGACAUCACCGGAGCUCAGGUGCGCAGAACACUGGAGAAACUGUCUGUGCAGGAGACCACUCAGGAAAAGACUCCUGCUACCAGGUCCCCUGAGCCUAGCGGCGUUGGAAACAUGGCGUCUGCUCCAACCAUCGACGUGCACAGUCAGUCUGGGUCUGCUAAGGUACAGGAGCCGCCAAAUACUCCAGAAACUGCGCCAGGCAGUAAAAUGGCAUCAGUCCAUGGGGAGGAGAACCUGGAGUCCCAGCCAGGCUUGCAGAGUGGUGCAGGAGAUCUAGAGAAACCACACAUUCCAGCAGAGGGCAAACCACCUCCCCCCACCCCCACCAGGCACCUGGACCUGUCACACACAGGAGAGAAACUGCAAGCUCCAGCAGAGGACAAACCCGCUCCUCCCACCCCCGCCAGACACCAGGACCUGUCACACACAGGAGAGAAACUGCAAGCUCCAGCAGAGGGCCAACCCGCUCCCUCCACCCCCGCCAGGCACCUGGACCUGUCCCACAUGUACGACAUGACCCACCGCAGGAGGGGAAUGGCCAUCGUCAUCAACAACAAGGAAUUUCAGAAGAAGACAAAACAGAAGACGAGGAAAGGGACAGACCAGGAUGCUGACGGUUUGUUCAAGCAGCUCACAAACCUGGACUUUGAUGUAGACAUGAAUGACAACCUGACUUGUAAGCAGAUGGAAGAUGUCCUUAAAAAAGCUGCAGCUGCUGACCACAGUGAUGCAGACUGUGUGCUGGUGGCGCUCCUGAGCCACGGGGAGGAGAAGAUGAUUUACGGCACCGACGGUAUGGUCGAGAUCGCGGACCUGGCUGCGCACUUCAACGGUGUGAACUGCAAGUCCCUCGUAGGGAAGCCAAAGAUCUUCAUCAUUCAGGCGUGUCAGGGUUCGAAGGUCAUGGAGGGGGUGGACAUGCCUGAUGCGGUUGGUUUCCGUGACGACGACCUGGUCAUAGACGCACCGCCGCCUCAGACACUGCCAUCAGAAGCAGACUUCCUCUACUACUACUCAACCAUGCCAGGGUACUAUGCAUGGCGAAACCAGGAGGCGGGUUCGUGGUCCAUCCAGUCACUGUGCGCCGUGCUGAAGGAGCAUGGGAAAUCUGGCCUGGAGGUCAUGCAGAUUCUGACACGGGUCAACAGGACGGUUGCGACCCAGUUUGAGUCUCGGACCAGAGAAGAGAAGAUGAACCGUAAGAAGCAGAUCCCCUGUAUCAUGUCCAUGCUGACCAAGGAGCUGUACUUCACUCCCAAGAACCUGGCUGGGCGGCCUUCCUCCUUGGUAUGAAUUCUUGCUGGGGGUUACAUACUUGUAACACUAGUUCACCUUUAUCCGCGGGGUAACCUAUAUCCGUUGCUUUUAAAAACAGGCCCUAUUUUGGGAUAUCAAGUCGACGGGCGGUGGUUUCAAACUGCAAUAUCUUUAAAAAAUAUUACAUGAUGUGAACCCACCGUCCGUUGACAUGAUUUACUCCUAAGAACCUGGCGGGGAAGUCUUCCUCCUGGGUAUGAAUUAGGGUCACAUACAUGUACAUGACGUUUAGGCCACACCAAUUGGAUUUGUUGGUUCUAAGAUGUUUAAAAUCAAAUUAAGAAAUAUCCUCAGCUGCAAAAACAUAAUGAAAACAAUUAUAGCCCAAAGACCAGGGUCAGGCCUUGGUGUACUCGGGUUUAUGGUGUAAAUAUUGUGAUAUUCAAGUUUUCCUCCCUGCCCUAUGCUUUUAUGAUGUUCACUGGCUACAUUUCUAUUUCAAAAAAUCCGAGAACCAAGGAAAUUAAUUGUCGUGGGCUUAUGAAGACUAACAACCAGGUAAACAAUAUUCAAAUACCACUGUGACAAUU